CAACUCCCAGAGCAGGAUCCCUGGAAUUCUACUCUGUCAGCUGCUGCUGUUGCUACCGUUCUCAGGACCCUCACCAUGAAAGGCCUUCUGCUGAUCACCUUGUCUUCUCUGCUCUGCUGGGUCUCAGAACAAACAGCUGACAUUCGCUGUCACUCCUGCUACAAGGUCCCUUUGCUGGGCUGUGUGGACCGGCAGUCCUGCCACCUGGAACCAGGACAGCAAUGCCUGACAACAAAUGUGUACCUCGGGAAGAUGUGGGUUUUCUCCAACCUACGCUGUGGCACACCAGAAGAGCCCUGUCGGGAGGCCUUCAACCAAACCAACCACAAGCUAGGCCUGACCUAUAACACCACCUGCUGCAACAAGGACAACUGCAAUAACCCAGCCCCUCGGCCCACCCCGGCCCUGGCCCUUGUCCUCCUUACCUCCUUGGCUGGCCUUAGCCUCUGGCUGUUGCACUGAGACUCGCUCCAUGGCUGCCCCUCCUCCCACCUGCCUUAGCCUCUCUUCUUGUGUCUUCGUAUCCUCUGCUUCCUUUUGCUCAGAAAAGCAUUUCUCCAGACCCUUCACAUUUCUUUAAUUAGACGGUGGUCCCCCGAUCCAUCCUUCCAUCCCACACCCUCCACUCUGCUUCUCUGGAGUCUCUUUCCAUUUCCCUUGACACCACUCCAGAUCCUCCAUCGUCUCCUAGAAGGGCUCCGCACUUUGCCUCCUGAACUCCCCUGUGCCCUAUGUGAGGAGGGAUUGGAAUCUGGGCCUGAAAUGGGGUUUCUGUCCUGUCCCCAGUGAAGGCUCCCAGGAAGGACCUGAUGACCUCACUGUAUGAGCUGAUUCUCCAAACCCUGGCUCCCAUACGUACCUCAUCCCCUUGCUCACCCCUUUCCAUUUUGAGUAAUAAAUGUCUGUAUAUGAUCAA